AUGCUCAACUCCAGCAGCGACUCCAUGUACAACAACUGCAGCCACAGCACAGUGAUCACCACCACAGUCAUCCCCCUGGUCUACUGCCUCAUCUUCCUCGUCGGGCUGCUGCUGAACGCGGUGGCCGCAUGGAUCUUCCUCUCCGUUUCCAGCCAGAAGAGCUUCAUUGUCUACCUGAAGAACAUCGUUGUGGCUGACCUCCUCAUGAGCUUGACCUUCCCUUUCAAGAUCCUGGCUGACUCGGAGCUGGCGCCUCCCCAGCUCAACGCCUUCGUCUGCAGGUACUCCGCUGUCGUGUUCUACACCAACAUGUACAUCGGCAUCACCUUCUUUGGCCUCAUCGGCUUCGACCGCUACUACAAAAUCGUGAAGCCUUUACUCACCUCCCUCGUCCACACAGUCAGCUACAGCAAGGUGGUCUCUGUCCUCAUCUGGCUGCUGCUGCUGGUGAUCUCUGUCCCAAACAUGAUUCUAACCAGCGAAGCCACGGAGGAGAACUACUCCAGGAAAUGCAUAGGUCUCAAAAGCGAGCUCGGCAGGCAGUGGCACAAGGCCUCCAGCUACAUCUGCACAGGGAUCUUCUGGGUUGUCUUCCUCCUGCUGAUCGUUUUCUACACCUCCAUCUCGAGGAAGAUCUACAGCUCGUACAGAAAGUUCCGCAGGACCUCGGAGGCGGCCAAGAGGAAGACCAGCCGCAACAUAUUCAGCAUCAUGUUCGUGUUCGUCGUCUGCUUCGUGCCCUACCACCUCUGCAGGAUCCCCUACACCCUCAGCCAGACCAGCUCUCGCUUCACCUGCCAGGCAAGAACCACCCUGUUCUAUGCAAAAGAGUUCACCCUGGUCCUCUGUGCUGCCAACAUCUGCCUGGACCCCAUCAUUUAUUUCUUCCUCUGCCUACCCUUCAGAGAAAAACUCUACCAAAAGCUGCAUCUCAAGCUGAAAACGCCGAGUGAGGUCGAAAUUUCUAAGUCCAGAAGGUCAAACACCCUUGGGGAAAGUAUGAACGUAGUGUAG